AUGCAAUCACUCGUCCUUCCCCCUUCUUCCUACAUCUCUACAGAGUUCGGCCAUCCAAGGUUAACCCCAGGCCAAGAGCGGCUUUCGUUCAAUCUCCCUCGAUCGACAAAUGCUCGACGGUACACUCCUCGGGAUUUACCGCCCCCUCGCUCUAUGUCCGGUCCGGUCCCAGCAGCAGACUCGCUGGAGACUUCUGGGACCGCGAGGCGCCCCGGACAUCCGGAGCUCUUCCAACCAGUAUCAACCGCGAACGUAACAGCGCCAACGACGACACCCAUUGCUGUUUCUGGAUCUCAUCUCCCUUCGGGGCCCGCGGGCGCUGGAGCUGUUUCGGAACCGCUGGUGCAGCGCAUAGUUUCCGCGCCCGGGGAGGAAGUGAUACGGCAACCGCUCAGUGUUAGCGAUGCAUUCUCUUCGACACGACUUCCACCGUCGCUCGGAGCUCAACCUUUAUCGCAAUCUUCGGCGGUUGCCUACGCCCCGCCUUCGUUCGGAUCGUCGCCUCCGGAUGCCUCUACCCGACCACUACCGCAAAAGCCCACCAGACGCACAAAAGCGCAUGUCGCAUCAGCGUGUGUGAACUGCAAAAAGAAGCACUUGGGCUGUGAUCCAGCGCGGCCAUGUCGGAGAUGCGUUCUUUCAGGAAAAGAAGUAAGUGCUACAUGUGUAGAUGUCACGCAUAAGAAGCGAGGGCGACCGCCGCUGAAGGCGGAAGAAGCAUCCCUCAGAACGUAUGCCGCACACCUGGAUCGAGCAACUGCCGGGGAGCCUCAUGGCUCUCAAUCGAGACGGACACACAUGCAUCGAGCAACCUCCUCGCGGGAAAUACGCCCUGUGACAGAUCUGCAAAUGAUGGGAGGUCAAGCAGGAGCAAUGGCCAUGAGGGCCUCGUCAGGACAUCCGCACCGGUGGUCUGCUUCGAUGUAUCCCCACGCCCUGGAUCCUGCCAUGACAAUGCAAAGAAGCAUCGGUCAUCGGAGAUUUUCCUCCUCUGGAUCAGUUCAGUCGAUGACGACAACAUCACCGCCCACCUAUGUGCCGAUGCCUGCCGGGUACAAUCCCGCGUUGGGAAUGGGUCGCAUGCCUACGGGAGCUGGAAGGCAUCUGUCCUCUUACACCCACCAAGCAUUGAAUCCUGCUACGACCCCGCCGCAAUACCAACAGCAAUUUAUUCCGAUGUCGCCUUACGCGGAGGCCACGAGAAUGGCAAAUCGAAUGCCGAUGGGGGAAAUGCCAGUAGGAAGGGAUCCCCGUGAAGGGUACGGCGAAUCGCCGGUCAGGCUUCCCCCGAUCUAUGCGCCGACGAUGGGAACACCGGCUCAUGUGUCGCAAGGCCAUCGCUUAAGCAGUGACCCAUACCCUGCAGUUUGGUCGUCGCCCAUGCGAGAGGACUACUUGUCACAGGAACAUCGACAACAUAUGCCACCGCACGGAUAUAUCGAGCCGAUUUCGCCGAACAGUCAAAUGCGUCCGGGAGGAUCCGAUUCAGGAUACGUCGAUCCAGCUUUACGACACCUGGGAUCCAUGGUUCCUGGUACAGAAGGACAAUCGCUACAAUUGUCCCCUUCGCAAGCCCAAAUGGAGCAAUCUGCGGCUGAACCUCAUUCACAGGAUUCAAGGCCAGCCAAGCGGAGAAAAAUGGCCUUGGAUGACAUGGUCAAUGACUAA